AUGGCUGCCGAGGAUGAGAUCACCAACUAUGAGGCAAUUGUGCGGACUUUACAGCAAUCCAAGGUUCUGGCUCCCUCUACCCAAAACGCCGAAACGCACCUACGGAGCAUGAGACCUCGUUUCAUGCAAGCUCUAGUGGAAGGAGCUUUGGUAAGGGAUCUCUGUCAGAAGUUUCUCUCAAACCCCUUCUUCCGAUACCCGGAGCAUUUUGGAGGUGAUAUCCUGAGGAUGGCCAACACGGAGGCAUUCGUUGAGUGGCGUCUUAGCACCUACGAAGUCCUAGAAGGACGGGAUGGUCAAGACCACGAGACAUUGAGGAGCCCUGAGACCUUUCGAAGGUACGCUCAAGAGUUCUACCAAACCAAUGGGGUUAUCCUGAAGUCACCAAUUCAAUCUGCACUGGACGAGCUUGCUGGGUACUAUGAGGAGUUCUCAUCCUAG